AAUGGAAGGUUUAGCUAUGUUCCUAGGAAGCUUCCUUUAUGUUGCUCCUUUAAUUUGUCCAUUCCCCACUCCCCCGAGUGAAUAAAAACGGACUGAUCACAAGAAACCCCAACACAAUUGAAAAUGGAACAACGCUGCUCUUUCUCCCUUGUCUGCUUCUUCCUCUUUCUCAUUCCUCCGGCAACCGUGACGCCGGCCGAGGCCACACCAUUCAUCGAUCUAAUCAACUCAACCUGCACGCAGUGCGCCCAAAGCUCGGCCGUCUUCAACUACGACUUCUGCGUCACCUCUCUUCAACCCAUCCCCAUCACCCACGCCGCUAACCUCGAAGGAAUUGCGGUGGUUGCAGUGGAGCUGGCUCUGCAGAACGCCACCGCCACGGUGUCCACCAUCCAGGAGAUGCUGGCCGGCGCGGCGGCGUUUGAUCCCUUUGCGGUGGGGUGCUUGAGAGACUGCUUGGAGCUCUACGCCGACGCCAUUGUGAUGCUUGUGGACUCCUUUUGGGAGUUCUUUACCAGGCGUUUUAGUACCGCUAAUAUACUGUUGAGUGCCGUGAUGGAAACCGCGUCGACUUGCGAAGAGGGGUUUAAGGAGAAGGAGGUGGAGAUGGCGGCGGCGCCGCCGUUGACGGAGGAGAAUGAGAAUCUUUUCCGGCUCAGUGAGAUUGCUUUGUGCAUCACCAAACUUGUUUCCGGCGGAGAAGAAGUAAUGAGGAAAUUUUCUUAAUUAGUUGUUGGUAAUGGUAGGAAUUGAAGGCUUCAUUAGAUCAGGAAAUGUGAUUAUAUUUCUAAAACUUUUGUAAUAAUUUCAUGCAUUAGCUAGCUAUAGCUUGCAGUA